CAUGAUUCACAAGUGGGAUGGGCGUUGGGGAAAAAGUUAUUAAACACGUUAGAUGAUUGUUUGUAAUUAAUAGAAUAUUUUGAUCGUCCAAAUUAUUUCAUACUUAAUGACAAAAUGACAAAAUUGUGGCACGCACUUUUAUUCGUCUUUUAUUUCUUGUUGCAAGUCACAGACUCUCUUCAGGAUUGUCAAAUUCCUUCUGUCAUAAGAGGAUCAUGGUUUUCAUGGGAAAAUGGCAGAAAUACUUUAACAGAGAUCAAUGCUGAAACAAUGACUGAUCGUGGUUAUUGUAUAAGUAUGCUUGAAGAGUAUCAUGUCAACUAUACGUUUGUAUUUCAAAAUGAUGAAUGCUACCACUGUGUUAAAUUGCUUGUUAGAACAGUGAAUGUAUUGGAGAAACUUGAAGCAAGCUGCGUAAAUUUGCCCAAUGGCAUUGAGCCCACUGUAGAAAAUGUAUGUAAAGGUAUACGACCCAAUCAACAAUUAAUAACAUUGUUCUCCGAAAAUUAUGUACCUGUGAACUGUAGAUCAUCUUUGGAAGGUGUUUGGCAAUUUGCAUAUCAGAAUCGAUAUAGAUUUAGAGGAGAGUGUAAUCAUCCAGAUGCUCAUAUUAAAUCAUGUCAAACUGCAGGCACACAGUUCUUAAUUACCAAUCAGAAAUUUAAUAUAACUUAUAAAAAGUGUCCUGGUAUGAAGGAUACUUUUGAUGGAGUGGUCGAGUAUAGUUGCCUGGGCGACUGGUUUGUUGAUAAAAACCACUUCUUCGCAGUUGCAAAUACAAAAGAAUCAAGAAAAGAUGAAAAGUACAGAUGUUUCUUAAAGAAUCGAGACGAUGAUCUUUAUAUUGGAGUUUCUAUUACAGCGGAAUGUAAUAAGUUGAAAACUGUUGAGAAAAGUCCCGAGCGUUUAAGAGUAACACCUGUUAAGGCGGAAGUAGUGGAACCGGGAUGCAGAUUACCGGAAGACAUGAGCGGACAUUGGAUAAAUACAGCUAAUAUUGAUGCAGAUAUAUUCAUCAACGAAACGCACAUCAUUGAAACUUGGUAUCCUGACGAGGGCCGUUACAGACGCACAAUUUACGUGUGUCGAGAAUCGAGAGACACUAGAGUGAUGAUGGCGAGAUUAACCGUUGAUGGAUGUCAAAAAGAUUAUGUCUGCUUCGAUUUCGUACGUCGACACCAUAACAUUAUUAGGUACCGACGAGGUGUUGCAGUCAUCAAGGACAAUUUCCACACUGUCUGUUCCUGGGUACAAUUCCCUAACAAAGAAGCAUGGAAAUAUGAUUUAUUCCUGGCGAAGGAUCCUGUACCGGUGCGAUGUCCUGUGGCUGGCAAAUAUAUGUUCCAUCAAAAAGGAGAUAUCCUGUUCGAAACUAGAAUUUUAGGUGGUGUGACGUUAUCACCUCGUCCGAACAUUUAUUGCAAGCAAAAUAUUUCUGAUCUUUCUGUAUGCGAUACUGAUCAGAAGGAAAUCGCCAUUGAUGAAACCUACUGCUUGUCCGUAGAUCAUUUAGGAAGACCUGUAGAUAUUUACAGUUUGCCCGAUUAUAAAAUGAAAUGCAUCGGAUUUUGGAAGGAGAAUUUGAAAUCAUAUUUGGUAACUUACGACGAGUUGGAUCCGUUCAGUAAAUACCGCUGUUGGGUUUAUCAAAGAGCUGAUUUGAAUAAAGUGCUCAUGUCUCAAGCUAUUGGACCCUUCUGUGAUCUUAAGCAAGAUGUCACUAGUAGUAAUUAUACUGAGGGUGCUGCAGUUGCAUUGGAAAUGCAGGAGUACGAAAGAGAACGCGACCAAUGUCCUAUGUACUUUGACGAUGGUAGCAAUCCUUGGAAAGUAACAGAAAAUUACAUAAAGAUAUUCCAUUAUGGUAGUGGAGGUACAAAAUAUUCAUAUCCGUCCAUUAUAAUGACUAUUUCAGUUAGUGUAGUAACAUUAACCAGAUCUCGAAUUUAGUCGAUAACUUUGUUCACUUUUAAUAUAUAAUAUCCGUCCAUUUUAUGUAUAUACACUUUGUUAGAUUUGUAUAUUAGAUUUUAUACAACAGACUCGUGUAAUGUACGUUAGAAUACUACUUAUGCAUUAUGAUGUGACAAUGUGAAAAACACAUCGAGAAAUCUGCCUUAUUAUAUUUAAAUGUUUAGCGUUACAUUUGUUUAUACAAAUCAAACAUAUAACCAUAAGACUUUGGUAGUCCAUCCAUUUUAAGAUUAAAGAUUUGAUAUUUAUAUUUUUUUAUAAACAUUUGCAAUAAAGUACAAUUUUAUAUAAGUGCAGAUAUUAAUAACUUUAAUAGUGUAAUUAUUUAUGUAUACAUUAUGUAUAUUUAAACAAAAUGUUAAUAAACUGAAACGUGCACUAACAGUUUA